CCUUUGCUGAGCCUAUACAACAACCAUUUAAUAAUCCAUAUCAACAACAAACUACUUUUAAUCAUUUUAACCUUCAAGCACAAAUGACAGGUGCACCAUUCCAAACUCAGUUUACAGGAAAUCCAUUUGGACAACAAACACAAAAUAAUCCUCUUUUCAGUGGUACACCAAAUACUACUCCUCAGAUCAUGCAGACAUCAUCAUCUUCACCUUCUGCUGUAUCUAAUAUGACAGAUAAUUCACAUUAUUCAAAAUUAAAUAAUAUGCUUCAAAAUAGAGAUGAUGGAAUGGACACCUUUGGUAACACUGGAAAUUUACGUAUUCCUUUUGGUACAGGAUUUGCAAGCACUUUACUUCCUCAACAACAAACGAGUCAUGAUACAAGUUCAUUUUCUCAAUCAUUUGGACAACAAGUAAGUCGUAAUCCAUUUGGACAAGCCAAUGUGAAUACAAAUACAAAUACAACAGAGACAAGUAGACAAGGACAAAAAAGUCUAUUAGAAAUGAUGCAAGAACAAAAAUUACUUCAAGCACAAAUGACAGGUUAUCAGCAGCAGCCUUCAAUGACAGGAUAUCAACAACCUCAAAUGACAGGUAUCCAACAAGGACUAACCUCUUCUUCUCCUUUUAACCAACCACGACAACAGCAACCACCCUCAACUUCCUUCUUUUAAAAAAAAAAAAAAUCUGUGGGAAUUUGUAAUUGUAACCUAUUUGUAACUGAGUUUAUUAUCCUACAACAAACAUACUUCUUGUUUAUAAAGAUGCAAACAAUAAAAGAAAACUUUAUUAUCACUAUCCAUAUCACUACUAACCCCAUUAAUGUAAUAUAAUCUAAAAAAGAGAAUAAAGAAAAAAGGAAAAAAAAAAAAGGAAAAAGAAAAAAAA